AAUUAUAUUUCUCAGCUUCACUCGACCCGAUUUUAUAUUAACAUAUUGUAGUAUACUCCUAUGCUACAGCCAAUGACACAGUUUUUUAAAGUUAAUAGGAAUUUUUCAAAAUAUCACCAUGGCAACCCAAACACCACCCCCGCGCGGCCAUAGGUCGCCAUCUUCAUUCUGUGUUUCUGUGUUCAAAGCCUAGACACGCUAAUUCAAAUAAAAAUAAUUUUAAUCGUGGAAAUCUUAGAAUUUAUAAAAUUUAAAUAAAAUUAUUUAGUUAGUCAUGCCAAAAGGCAAACGUAAACGUAAAAGUAAUGAAAAAUAUGCAGAUAUUAGGAAAAAAUUACGGAAAAUCGAGGCAAGACUCGAUAGGUCAACGCGGCGUCGAACCGUAUCUUCAGGGCCGAUGAUGUUAGAAGAAAAACAUCAUUAUUCAGGGAGUAAGUCGUCAGAUUUCUUAAGAAGUAAUAAUAAUCCUAAUAAUAAUCGAUUAAUCUCGAAAACCCUGCCUUGGAAAACGGGGCUGAAGUCUGAAACAGAGAAGCCUCGCCGCAGCCAGGGUCAUCGUGCAGCGCUGAACAGCUCUCAACAGCGGGGGAUAUCCGACCAGCCAGCACCGAGAACUUACAAGUACCCGAGACAGUACCUCUAAAAUUAUUUAGUUAGAUUGCAGCGCUAUAUUAAAUGUUGGAGUGAUAUUACAGAUGAUCCCAUCAUUUCAUCGUGGUUACAUGGAUAUGAAAUUCCUUUUACUUCAUUUCCAAUUCGUAUUCGGAAUAAUACUUCAGACUUUGUUAAUCAAUCUAAUGUCUGUUAGAUAUAAUUGCUAUAUCUAUAUCUAUAUAAAUCUGUCAAUCUAAUGUCUGUUAUAUAUUAAUGCAAAAUCUAGAUGCACGCACACAUUAAUGGCGAAUUUAUUUUAAACAUAUUUUUAGUUCCGAAACCAAAUGGCGAUAAAAGAUUACUUUUGCAAUAGAUUUGUUAUCACAUUUUUAAAAUGGAGGAUUAUAGAAAUAUCUCCAAGCUUAUUACACACAACUAUUAUAUGGCAAAAAUUGAUAUAUGAAGCAUGCCUAUUUUUUUUUUUCUAAAUCAUUAGAAAGACUUGGGACUUACAACUCACUACUUGUAAUUUUUUAGGUUUUAUGUUCGAUGCGAUAGAAAUAACUAUAAAGUUACCUAUUAAAAAAAAAAAAGAGAUUAAAGAAUCAUUAAUAAAAUACAUUAAUCAGAAUAAGUGUAAAUACUAUCAAUCUUGAAAUGAAAGUAGCUUGCUUUGGUCUGAAAGUUUGUGCUAAAAAGCUUAAAUAGUAACGAAGUAUUACUGCGAAUUGAUAAUGUUCCUGCUAUAUCAUACAUCUGAAUGAAAUUGCUAGAGAGAUGGCAAGAUGGCAGUAGUGUGAAACAAGAAAUAUAACAGUGAUUGUC